AUGAUACUCAACGAUCCUGUUUUAGAUGUUAGCUUUUACGACAAAUAAUCAUUUUGCUGUAGAGAGAGCAGGGAGAUUCCUAUUCCUAAAGAAUUAACAUUAGAUAUGAAUGUAAAGAGAGAUUUAAAGUUUCCGAAUUUAUCUUAAAAUUAAGAAAAUCAGAUUAUGACGAAUCCUUCAAAAUAGUUUAUUAGCCUAUCAAAAAUAGAUACAGCUAAUACUCCUGAUUAUGAAUUUUAGCAAACAGCAAACUUCUUUUUUCCACAAUUCGAAUAGCAAACUUAGAAAGAACAAGCUAAAGAAAGUGAUUUUGAAUAUAUUUAAAAAGCGCGUGGCAAUUCAGUAUUUGCUUUUCCAAUUGAUAAUGAGAAUAAUUAAUAAUUUCAAUUAUAAUAACAAUCAUUAUCAGGAGCAGAGAGUGAUUCCAUGAAAAAAAAGAUAAGGUUCUCGAGAAUAUUAGUGAAUUCACAUGUAGUUUAAAAUGAAGAAAGACAGGCUCCUGUUAAAACAUUGAAAAGAAGUGUGAUUAGCAUGAGUUAGCCGAAGUUACAUGGUUAAGGUGGUGGAUCUUCUAUUAACCAAAAUUUUGAAAAAGAAAUCUCAACACAAGACUAAAUGGGAUUGACACAUAAUUUAGAGAGAAAUUUGAGCUAAAAAAAGAUAGCUUUGGAGACUAGGGAAACAGCUAAAGUUUUAAGUCGUUAAAACAUAUAAACAGAGUAACUAUAAAAAGAAUAAAACUCACAAGUAAUUUUAUCUAGUACUGUUUAGAAGCAUAUGAACUAAAACAAUAAUAAUAGCAUAUUGAAUAACCAAUACUUAACAAAAGAUUAGUAAGAUCUUCGUCUAAAUAAUUUUAUCUAAUUGAUGAAUGAGAAACAACCAAUAAAUCCAAAUAGCCAUAAUUUUUAAUUAAAUAAUAUAUUUCCUUAAUCUACUUCUAGCAUACAAAAAUGCUCAAGAGAACUGUUUGGUAAAUAAUCUCAAAAAUAAUAAUAGCCACAAUAGUUAAACUUAGCUAAAUAUUAAAAACAAACAUUAAAACUUCCAGAUGAAAAUAAUGUAGUUGAUAGCAAUUAGGUUUUCAGAGAAAUAAAUGCUUAAUCUUGCUAAUCAAAAUUAGGUUCGGGUCUAAAUGAAAAAUCUAAAAAUAUUAACAAUAUCUCACUAUAAAAUCAAAUUUAAUUUAAAUCUAAUAUGAAUUUGAAUAAAAAUAUGAAUCAAAUUAGCUAUGGAGCUUAAAACUUUUAUAAUUAAUAAAAUAAAUGUGAUUUACUAAAUUAGUAGUAAUAAUCUACAUUAAAUUCAAAUUAAAUAUCAAAACAAGUAUCAAGAAAAGGAUCCUCUUCUUGUCUUGAAGAUAUUUAGAAGAAUUUAGUUGAUGAUAACUUUAUGCAGUAGUUAAAGCAACAACAAAUGAGUUUACUAAAAAUCAGAUAUUAGCAAAUCAAAAAUUUUUAAGAUUUAAAUUCAAAUGCUUCACCUAUAGAAAAUAAUAUUUAAAAUUUAAAUAAUAAUGGAAACCUUUUGAUGAGACAAGACAUAAAAGGAUAGCUUUUGUACAGCUCAUAGCAAGAUUCAAGAAGAAAUUAUAGUAGUCUCACUAAAAGUCCUUUCUGUAAUGUACAAAACUCCAUUUCAAACGACCUUCGAAAUUUGCAAGUAUUAAGCAGCGAUAAUAAAAAAAUGGGAGGAAACAUUCUUAAUUAAGAAGAGAAUCAAAAUAGAUUUAAUUUGAAUUUAAUUAAUACGAUCAAAUAAAGAACAAUUAAUAAUAAAUAAUAAAUUGAUAAUUUCUAUUCAAAAGUUCCAACAACAUAAAAAAAUUAAAAUAUUCACAAUAAUAAUUAAAUAGCUAAUGAUUUCGAUGAUAGUGAGGAAAACAUAAAAUUGGAUGCAGAUGCUGUCAGACUAAGUAAUAAAAAUUUAUUUCAUCGCCGUUCAGUAGCUGGUGUUUUUAACAGUCAUUCAACUAAAAAUAAUGCUAUUUAAAAAGAGUAAAAUGAUGAAUAAGCAAUUUCUGAAAUAGAAAAAGUAAGAAGAUAAAUUAAGCAAGCUAUUACUAAAGGCGUUAGAAGCGAUUUAAAAAAUAGCCUGUAGACUUUACCUUAGCUGAGUAGUAAUAAUAUUUAAAUAUAAUAGUAAUAAAAAAAAAUAGAUAGUCAUAAUAUUAACUUUGCUAUGCCAAAAAAAAUCUAUCAAUCAAUCAACUGUGAAGCACUUUAAAAAAUAUAAAAUAAUUUAGAAGAUGUUACUGCUUCAGGAAGAGAUAUUGCAGCAGAAUCUAACUUUUCUUUAGUCGGAAAGGUUGGUUAAUGUAAGACCUUUUUAUAGAGGAAGCCUUAGGAAAAUAUAGUUAAUAAAAUAUUUUAGAUCCCUAAUGAAAUAAUACUUGAAUGA